AUGCCCAUGCAAGGGUAUCCUUUCACGUGGAAGAAGAGGGAAGGAACGGAGAACUGGUCGGAGGAAAGGCUGGAUAAGGUGCUUGUUACUGAAACUUGGCGGAAUUUGAAUGCACAGGCCAGUGUGUUAAACUUGAUGACACGUAGGUCUGACCACUCAGCAUUGUUUCUGGGGAUCCGGGAUGACAUAAGAGGAGGGGGACGGAGAGCGAAGAGUUUCAGGUUUGAGAUGUCUUGGCUACAUGAUGAGGGGUGUAGGGAGGUGGUGGAGGGAACAUGGGAGGAGGGGAGGAAUAUGGGAAUGCAGGACUAUUUACAGUUAUGUUGGAGAAGGCUCACGAGCUGGGGUGGGGACCUGUUCCAUAAGUUUGGGGAGCAGAUUAAGCGGUUACGGAAGGAACAGGAUUCUUUGAGAGGAAGGCGGGAUUUGGCUUCAUUGGCUGAAUUUCGUCGUCUGGAGGCCGAACUGUGUAGACUAGAGGCAAUGGAUGACUCAUUCUGGAAACAAAGGGCAAAGCAGCACUGUCUGCAAGGGGCAGAUGCAAACACCAGUUUCUUUCACAGGUAUGCUUCUGACCGUAGAAAGAAAAAUACUAUGAAUAGAAUAAAAUCUGUUGAUGGGGUGUGGGUUGAUGGAAAUGCAAUGAAUCAAACUGUAAUGGACUAUUUUAAUGGGGUGUUCAGUUCGGGUAACCCCCCGGACGAGGCCCACACUUUAUUUGCCAUGAUACAGCCACGUGUGACACAGGCUCAGAAUGAGACCCUUCUUUCCCCUUUUACUUGUGAGGAGGUAAAAAAUGCAUUGUUUGCUAUGUUCUCUGAUAAGUCCCCAGGGCCGGAUGGAAUGAAUCCAGGUUUUUACCAACACUUCUGGGAUGUGGUGGUGGGGGGGGGGGGGGGGUGCGAUGUUUCUGCCUUUAUUAUUAACUGCUUGAGUACUAGUUCUUUCCCGGAGGGACUGAAUAAUACGAAUGUCGUCCUGAUUCCAAAGAAGAAGUCGCCCGAAUAUGUAACUGAUCUAAGGCCAAUUGCGUUGAGUAAUGUGGUAUACAGGGUAAUGGCGAAAAUGAUAGCAAAUAGAAUGAAGCCUUUAAUGGAGGGGCUGAUUUCUGAUUCCCAAAGUGCAUUCAUACCGGAUAGACUGAUAACAGAUAAUAUACUAUUAGCUGCGGAGGAUGGAAUGGGUUUUCUGCGAAAGAUGUUAACAGCGUUGGGAUUUAAUGUGAGGUGGAUUGAUUUGAUAAUGUAUUGCGUCACUACGGUCUCGUAUGAAUUCUUAAUUAAUGGUCUCCCGUCGGGCCAGCAGGCGCAGCAGCAAGGCAAAAUAUAUGGGUGCAGAGUAGCCAAGGGAGCACCACCAAUAUCUCACUUAUUUUUUGCAGAUGAUAGUUUGCUUUUCUUUAAAGAAAAUGUUGAUGAGGCCGGGGAGGUGAAGCGGUGUCUAAUGGAAUAUGAAACCUUAUCUGGUCAGGCGGUAAAUUAUCACAAGUCCAGUGUGUGUUUCAGUAAAAAUACUACGGAAGAAUGUAGGGAUCAGGUGGCGCAGUUAUUAGGGGUCCCAAAAGCAAUCAAUUUUGGUAAGUAUCUGGGCCUGCCUUCUUUUAUUGGCAGGAGGAAGAGGGCAGUAUUGUCAUACAUUGAGGAUAAGAUAAAGCAGAGAAUAGUAUGUCUAGCAAUUCAGAGGGCGAUGAAUAAAUAUUGGUGGGGAUCCGGAGUGGACUGCCGUAUUCACUGGAAAGCAUGGGACAAGUUGUGUGUCCCGAAGAAAUAUGGAGGAUUGGGUUUCAAGGACCUACGAGCCUUUAAUCUAGCAAUGUUGGGUAAGCAGGGGUGGAGAUUUCUUGUAAAGCCUGAGUCACUGGUGGCCAGGGUUUACAAGGCAAGAUACUAUCCAGGAACAUCUUUUGAGGAGGCAGCUUUGGGGAAUAAUCCUAGCUUUUGUUGGCGGAGUAUAUUUGUAGCCCAUAGUUUAAUUUGUGGUGGUAUAAGGCGGAGGAUUGGGGAUGGAAAUAAUACUUUAAUAUGGGGACAUCCAUGGCUACUUGAUGGCCCUAAUCCAAUGAUACAAACUGAUAUGCCCCAAGAAUUAGCAGGUUCAAAAGUGGUGGUUUUGAUUGACCAGGAUACUGGAACCUUGGAUCCUCAUAUACUUAGGGACUUAUUCAUGGAUGAUGAUGCGGUACGAAUUAACCGAAUACCUAUAUGCCCAGAUUACUCAGACACGUGGUAUUGGCAGGGGGACCCAAAUGGAAAUUACACGGUUAAGGGGGGAUACAGGCUUGUUGUUGUAAAUUAUGAACACAGGGAUGGAGGUUUUAGUGACUGGCUCCGUAUAUGGAAGAUGAAAGUCCCACCUAAAUGGAAAUUAUUUUUAUGGAAGGCUUUGAGUGAUGUUCUCCCCACCACAACUAAUCUUAUAAUGAAAAGAGUGGAAAUUGAUCCAGUUUGUUCAAUGUGCACUACUCAUCAUGAAUAUGCAAUGCAUGCCCUAGUAUCUUGUGUCUUCUCGCAAGCAGUUUGGCGGGAAUCUUCAUUACCUAUUAUGCAUGUUAUGGCUGAUUCCUUUGAGGCUUGGUUUCUUGAGAUUAUGAAAAUACUCACCUCUAACCAACUUGUUAUGGCAGCAGCGAUCCUCUACUACAUAUGGCGGGCGAGAAACCAGGCAGUAUGGGAACACACCUUACCAAUGCCCAAACGGGUUGUGCAUGCAGCGACAACCGCAUGGCAGGCGUGGUCCUCGGUUCACGGAGGAAUAGCAGCAGUAAAUCCGCCGGUUGCUGCUGCCACUGUCGGAGACGGACUGCCCAGGGCAUAUGUGGACGCCGGUUAUCAUGCGUCAACUGGAAGGGCGACGGCGGGAGCAGUGGUAUUAUCAAGCGAAGGAGAAUUCAUGGCGAGUUUCAAUAUGCAACUACCCGAUUGCCUAUCCCCGUUAAUGGCAGAAGCUUUAGCAUGUAAGGAGGCAUUGUCAUGGUUGAAGGACAAAGGGAUACUCUCGUUAAGAGAUGAUUAUGGGUCUAUUGUUCCAGCCAUCAGAGUACAAAAGUCAGGACUUACCUAUGUUGAUCUCAACAACAUUCUUUCUGAUCAUGAACGUGCGCUUAAGCAUUUCGAAGAGCAACGUCAAUCAUUGUUGGUGACUGCUAAUGUCACACAAAAGUAUAAUUCAUCAACCUCCAACCGUGAUUCCAUGCAAAAUAAUCGUGAUACUUCGCAAAAUCGUGGUCAAGGAAAUUACAGAUACAUGCGUGGAAAUGGAAACAGAUCCAAUAAUGGAGGUUAUCGCCAAAAUUUAAUUUGUCACUUUUGUAAUUUUCAGGGCCAUGAAACUAAAUUCUGUAGGAAGCUUGCCAGAUUCUUUCGUGACCACAAUGUGUUCGAGGCUCCUCAAUCUCAGACUUAUGCCUCGGGACCUUCUAUUAAUUCUUCUGUAAGUGGUAUGCCACCAUCUCAGUCAUGGCUUUUUGAUAACGGAGCAUCUCACCAUUCGACGACUAGUCCUAUGUCGUUACCGACAUUCACUGUGUCCAGUGGACCUGACCAAGUGAACCUCGGUGAUGGUAAUUCUUUAUCUAUAACUCAUACUAGUAGCACAAUUUUACCAACUCCUUCUACAGAUCUUUCUCUUACCAAUGUUCUUUGUGUUCCAAAGUUACGUCGUAAUCUAGUUUCGGUUGCCAAACUCUGUCAAACUGAUAAUGUUUCAGUUGAAUUCUUUCAUUUUUCUUUUAGUGUCAAGGAUCUUCACACGGGGGGUGUGCCUAAUGCAGGGAAAAAAAUAUCAAUGAUGUUUACAUCUUAG